GAGCCUCCGCAGCCCUGAUUUGCUGGGAAGCGGCGGAGGCUCGCUCAGAGCAGAGCCGGGUUGCGCUGCUGACGCGUGGCCGCCGCCGCCGCCUCCUCCCGCCGCUGCGCCGGGAGCAGCCCCGCGCCCCGGUACCGCCGCCGCUCCCCGCCUUCGCCGCGCCGCCGCCAAGGUACCUUCCCGCUGCUCCCGCACCCGAAUAACCAACCAUGACUACGGAAUCAGGAUCGGACUCCGAGUCCAAGGAUAAGGAGCAGGAUCAGCAGGAGAGCCCUGCACAGCAAGGGGCGGCAGAGACCCAGCCGCAGGACCAGCAGCAGCUGAGCGAAGAGCAUCAUAACGCACUCGAGCAGUUCUCGGCUGUGGCAGCCCACAGCACACCAGUGAAAAAGGAAGAGGACACAGACAAAGAACAGGAGUUUGCUGCUGCAAGUGCAAAACAGCUGGAAUACCAGCAGCUAGAGGACGAUAAGCUUUCACAGAGAUCGUCAUCUAGCAAACUUUCCAAGUCUCCUCUAAAGAUUGUCAAGAAACCGAAAAAUAUGCAAUGCAAAGUGACACUCCUGGACGGAUCAGAAUAUGCAUGUGAAGUAGAGAAACGUUCCAGAGGUCAAGUGCUAUUUGACAAAGUGUGCGAGCAUCUGAACCUUUUGGAAAAAGACUACUUUGGGCUAACAUACAGAGACACAGAAAACCAAAAGAAUUGGUUGGAUCCUGCCAAGGAAAUCAAGAAGCAGAUCCGAAGUGGUGCUUGGCAGUUUGCAUUUAAUGUGAAAUUCUACCCUCCAGACCCUGCCCAGCUAUCUGAAGAUAUUACCAGGUACUACCUCUGCUUGCAACUGAGAGAUGACAUUGUGUCGGGUCGGCUGCCCUGCUCAUUUGUUACACUGGCUCUGCUGGGCUCCUACACCGUGCAGUCAGAGCUUGGUGACUACGACCCCGACGAGUACGGCAGUGACUACAUCAGCGAAUUUCGCUUUGCACCGAAUCAUACUAAGGAGCUGGAGGACAAAGUGAUCGAGCUGCACAAGAGCCACAGGGGAAUGACACCUGCAGAGGCUGAGAUGCAUUUCCUGGAGAAUGCCAAAAAACUGUCAAUGUAUGGAGUAGAUCUCCAUCAUGCCAAGGAUUCUGAAGGAGUGGAAAUCAUGUUAGGAGUUUGUGCAAGUGGUCUUUUAAUAUAUCGAGACAGACUCAGAAUAAAUAGAUUUGCCUGGCCAAAGGUUCUAAAAAUCUCCUACAAGAGGAACAACUUCUACAUCAAAAUCCGACCGGGGGAGUUUGAGCAGUUUGAAAGCACUAUUGGGUUUAAGUUGCCAAAUCAUCGUGCUGCAAAGCGCUUAUGGAAAGUGUGUGUUGAGCACCAUACAUUUUUCAGGCUCCUGCUGCCAGAAGCACCUCCAAAGAAGUUCCUCACACUGGGCUCCAAGUUUCGCUACAGUGGCCGGACGCAGGCCCAGACGAGAAGAGCUAGUGCCCUCAUAGACCGUCCCGCACCUUACUUUGAGCGCUCUUCUAGUAAACGUUAUACCAUGUCUCGAAGCUUAGAUGGGGCAUCAGUGAAUGAAAACCAUGAAAUGUACAUGAAGGAUUCUGUGUCUGCUGCAGAGGUUGGUACUGGCCAGUACGCCACAACAAAGGGCAUCUCUCAGACCAACUUGAUAACCACUGUGACUCCGGAGAAAAAGGCAGAAGAAGAGAAAGAUGAUGAAGAGGGCAAAAAGAAAAGAGCAGAGGAAGUCACCCCAGUCUCAGCAGUACGCCAUGACACCAAGACUGACAGUGAGCAGACGGAUACUGCAGCUGAUGGUGAGACCACUGCCACCGAGUCGGAUCAAGAGGAGGACGGAGAUCUAAAGGCACAGAAUAGUCUGAUUAAGCGAAUACAGGGUGAAAAUGUGUAUGUCAAACAUAGUAAUCUUAUGUUAGAGGACCUAGACAAAACCCAGGAAGAUCUGAUGAAACAUCAGACCAAUAUAAGCGAGCUGAAACGCACCUUCUUGGAAACCUCCACAGAAACGGCUGUAUCUAAUGAGUGGGAGAAGAGGCUUUCCACAUCUCCCGUUCGGCUUGCAGCAAGGCAGGAGGAAGCUCCUAUGAUUGAACCACUAGUGCCUGAAGAGACCAAAGAAGAAAGAGAAAAAUCAGAAAAACUCAUAUUUUUGCAGAAGGGAGGUACUACAUUCCUUGAAUUGAAGACUAAACAGUCCACCAGUGAAAAAACCUUGGAUGGUUCAGAUAUCUUCAGUUUAAUAGAGUCUGCCAGAAAACCGACUGAGUUCAUAGGAGGGGUUACUUCUACUUCACAUAGCUGGGCUCAGAGAAUAGACACGACGACAUCUCAGGAGAUAACUUCCAGUGAAAUAAAGCAGGCAGUUCAGCCACAUCAGGAUACUGUGAAGAAGGUUGUACAGGAGACUGUAGUUAUCGAGGAGAGGCGUGGGAUGGAUGUGUGUGCAAGCAGGGAUCCUGCUAAAGCGGCUGGACUUGUGCUGGAUGCCCAGGCUGAGGCAGCAUCAGUGGUGGCUGCUGGCGUGAAAGGGAAGGAGGGCUCUGCUGAGACUGAGGGAGAAAAGGAGGAAAAAAGGGAGGAGGCUGGCAAAGCCCUAACCAAACAGGAAGGAGUCACUGCUGCUGCUGCUGCUGCUGUUUCGCGUGAGCAAGCGGAGGAGCGCAGUACAACAGUCCACAUUUCAGAGUCUUUGGAAAGAAAACCUCAUUUUGAGUCACCAGUUGUGAAGACUGAGACUAUCAGUUUCAGUAGUGUUUCUGCUGGUGGGGAAAACCUUGAAAUUUCAACAAAGGAAGUGCCAGUAGUCCAUACAGAAACAAAAACGAUUACGUAUGAGUCUUCUCAGGUGGAUUGCAGUGCUGACUCAGAACCGGGUGUACUGAUGAGUGCACAAACUAUCACGUCUGAAACCACCAGCACUACAACCACUACGCAUAUCACCAAAACUGUGAAAGGCGGCAUCUCAGAGACAAGAAUUGAAAAACGAAUAGUCAUCACAGGAGAUGCAGAUAUUGAUCAUGAUCAGGCGCUGGCUCAGGCAAUUAAAGAAGCCAAAGAGCAGCACCCUGACAUGUCAGUGACCAAAGUAGUGGUACAUAAAGAGACAGAAAUCACACCAGAAGAUGGGGAGGAUUGACCACAGGAAUAACCUGGAUUGCAUAUGAAUCCAGACAUACACACCAGUAGGAAUACGAGAGCCUGUACGGAGUCUCAGUUCCAACCUGACUGACUUGUAUCUGUCUAUGGAAAAUUUCAGUACGGAAGAACUGAUCUUGACCGUUAAUAAAGAAACUGGCAGAGAUACCUUCCCAUAGAAAGCAAUCUGAAUCAGCAGCAGUUAAACAAUAUUGCAUGAAGCAACAAUAAAAUUACAGAAAAGCAGCAUUUUUAAUUUUCUUAAAAUGUCUAAGUUUUCAGCUAUACCUGCACGUUCAUAAACAAUAUAAACAGUGAUCUCAUGUAACACAUAAACAGUUCUAGCCUUUCACAGUUUAUGAAAGUCUAAACAAAUUAAAAUUUGUUAGGUGGCAAGCCUUUUGUUUACAGAUAUUGUAAAUGAAGAUUACCCCCAAAAUGCUAGAAGCUGUAUAGGUACUGUGUAUAAUGUUUUACCACACAUUAGAUGUGCCAAUAACACAGUUUAUUCAGUAAACAACUUGAAUCUUAUAUUUGUUUCAUCUGGUUUUAUUACUGCCCGAUAAAUGAUGACGACUCUUUACUCUUAUCAAAAUAUUUAAAUGCUUACAAAGUGUGCUUUGUAUACCUGACUGAAUACCUUAUAAGGUAGUAAUGAUUUUAGUAUAUUAACUUUAACGAUUUUUGUCAGCAUUGUUCAGAGUCAGCUUCCAGCCACCCUUCACAGAUCCUAACCUUGUAAAUUAUAUGUAGUUAUUUUGGAGAAAAAAAAAAUCAUCUGUAUUUUACUUAGUUUGCAGCAUUAGAAAAUUAUUAAUCUGAAAUAACCGUGAUGGUUUUCUAUUGAUUUCCCUUUUGUUCUCAGAGGAAAAGAAGAAAAAAAUCUGUUUGAGAAUCUGGUCAACAUUUAGUAUCUAGUUCAGAGUCAAGCCUUAACCUGUACAGAACGUCCACUGAAAACUCGUUAGUGUCCAACUAUAAUACCCACUGAAGGGAUAGCAUCCAUUACACUGUCAGCUGCAUCACAACACAUGGUGAAUGUAUGUUUCUGCAUAGUGAAAUAAAAGUGGUAAAUGCAUCCAAAAUCGUAUUGUUCUGUGUCUAAAAGCACCUAGUGUUUUUUAAUAUUCAAAACAUUAAGUUACGUUUGUAAGACACCACAGGUUUUACUCAUCUGCACAGUAGAUAUGUUUUGUCUUCAAUGGCUGACACUGCACUGCGCAGACAGUUGGAGUUAGCAGAGCAUCCAAAGGGAUGACAGUGUUCACCUCUAGGCAUAUGAUGUUUGCAAAGGAAAAGGAGUUUUUGGUUCCUUUCAUUUUCUCUGGUUAUGUACUGUUUCACUGAAGCUAAAUGAAGGACAUUGUGGUUGCUUAGAAAGUAAAGGCCAGUAGCACUCGAUCCAGAUCCACUCUCUUUUUUGUAGUUUUGUUCUGAAACAUGGAUAAAAUUGUCUUUAAAGCAGUACUUACUUAUCUCUUCCUUUUUCUUGCUCCUUUGCCACAUCUCAUUGACACUUCUCUCGUAGCUCAAGAGAAAAUUGUAGCAAAUAAUUCACCCUUAAUCUCUAUUUCUUUGUAGAAUUGAAAGAAAUGGGUACAAGCAGACUUUUCAGGACAUAAAGGGCCAAAUUUGCCCUUCAUUGUUUACACAGGGCUCCCUUACACUGAAGUCAAUGGAGUUGGCUCUAGUGGAGAGCAGGAUUUGACUCAGUGACUUGUUAAUAAAUGUUUAUUUUCUUAAUUUAGAAAGAAAAAUAGUAUAUAUAGAGAGAAUAACCUGUAGAUAAUAAUUAAAAGUAAUAUCCCAAGGCUUUUAAAGCUUUGCCCUUAGCCUCUAAAACAUCUCCCUUCCACCAGCCAUUCUUCAUGCCUUUAAUCCAGAGUGCUAACUAUGUAACUCCCCCUUACCGCCAUCAUUGCUUACCUCUUGCCUAAUGCCCAACACAAAGAUUACAGUCUGUUGUUAUCUUUGACUGACCUCCUAGUCCAAGAGCAUCUCUGUUCUCAGCCCUUGCGGUGAUCGUAGGCUUAGGUCUCUGGUGUCACCAGUGCCCAAUGGCAGCCAGGGCUGGAGGAGGUAAUUGCCCCGUGUCUCCCCAGACAGCAUGCCAGGUUCUCACUACCACAUCAGGAGUUUAAAGAUAGACUCUGAAGCCAUAUUGAUCUUCCCUCAGGUGCCCCUCAUGUCGUUGGCUAAGAAACAGCAUUGUAUUACCUCAGAGAGAUGUGAGGCGAUUGCACAGCCUUCUCUCCAGAGUUAGCGUUAUGUUUUAGCAUGGCUUGAGGAGAUUGUACUUCGGUGAUACUGCACAGUAUGUACGCUGUCUAAAGAUAUUGUAUCUUAAAAAGUUAGCCUCCUUGGAAAGGAUGCUCAGAGCUAAGAUACAGCCUGAGCAUAUGCAAACUGAGGAGAUGAGAAUGGACAGGCAAGAACAUCUCAGUGCCACUGUUGGCAGUAGACCCUUGUUCGGGGGAUGGUUCCUGGAAGCAAUAGUUUUGGUUUUUGUUAGAAACUGUUUCUUGGGUUGUCUGCCUAAUGCUGUGCCACAUGAAAUAAAGAGCACCUGCCUGUUUCUACCAACUA